UGUGCGUGCAGGCGGCUGCGUCGGGCUGCAGGAGAAGAUGGCGGUCUCCACAGGAGUUAAAGUUCCUCGUAAUUUUCGCUUGUUGGAAGAACUUGAAGAAGGACAAAAAGGAGUAGGCGAUGGUACGGUUAGCUGGGGCCUUGAAGAUGAUGAAGAUAUGACACUUACAAGGUGGACAGGCAUGAUUAUUGGGCCACCAAGGACAAAUUAUGAAAACAGAAUAUAUAGCCUGAAAGUAGAAUGUGGACCUAAAUACCCAGAAGCUCCUCCAUCAGUUAGAUUUGUAACCAAAAUUAAUAUGAAUGGAAUUAAUAAUUCCAGUGGAAUGGUGGAUGCACGGAGCAUACCAGUGUUAGCAAAAUGGCAAAACUCAUAUAGCAUUAAAGUUGUACUUCAAGAGCUAAGACGUCUAAUGAUGUCCAAAGAAAAUAUGAAGCUUCCACAGCCACCAGAAGGACAAACAUACAACAAUUAAUUUUAGUGGAUCUCAAACUUGUCUUAAAUCAACAGCCUUCUACUCAUGUUAAUGUCUUGAUUAAAUAUCACAAUGCAAAAUACCCACACAUUAAGUAAAAGAAUUCCAGCUGGUAAACAUGACCUGGACAUUUGUAAGAAUAUAUUUAAUAUAUGUACACCAUUAUGUUUUCAGCUUACAGGAGGAAAAAUGCAGCACCAUUUUUUUUCUCUUGUUAAGGCACUGUCAUUUAAGCAUAAACCUGGAGUACUCAAAGUAGAAUUCAGGUUUACAAGAUGAAAGCAUGGAGAGAAGAGUCAGAUGCUGUGGAAGCAUGUGUGUUUCUGAAAAGUAAAAAAAUCUCAAGAAGGAAAAACCGAAAUGGCAUGCUUUAUCCAUCUUGCUUAGCGAAAGAGCUUCGAGUUGAAAUUGUCUAAAGUAGCAGGUACAAUGAAUCUUGUCACAGAUUGUGUUAAUUUUUGAAGCGGUGUGGGUGCUGACUACUAGUAGUAUCAAAAAUAUGUUCAGGAUUGUUUUGAUACCUGUAUUUAUGAUAAAAAAAUGUUGUGGGGGAGGCCGAUGAGUAUCUGUUAAAAGCCGUUCCUGUGUGUUACAUGUAACAGACAUGGUAAAUAUUUGUUUACAGUCUUUGUUUGACACACCAUGCAUUUAAGUGAAAUCAACAAAAAAAGGAAAUAGGUGUAUGGAUAUGUGAUUUUGAGAUUAAAGUUAGUCUUAAAAUGUAAAUAAAAUGUGGAACGUGUCCUCA